AACUUGUUGUGGCGCUAACGGCUUGCGAUGGAGCUCUCGACGUGCCGUGCAGGUAAUAUGUUAUCGAUGACGUGUUAUAAUUUAUGCAAGUGGAAGGAUCAUGACAGGCUUCUCUUCAAUUCUGGUAUCGUUGAGCAUAGACGUUUUUUGAAGCAUUCAGUAACAGGGUAAGUACUUUCCAGGAGUCACUUGUUGCUGCUGGAGCAGGGUUAGCUCUAGUUGAUUUAGUGGUGAUGUUUCAACCUGAGAUGUCAGUCCCUUAAUGAUAUUUUUAUUAUACUUCUACUCUGACACAUUGAUACCAUCUUAUCUGUGUUGACACUGAACUAACCAUUUCUUUUAAUACCUGGUGUAACUUAAAAAAUACUGGAUCAGUUGAGAGUAGUAAGCUUGUUGUCACGACUCAUGAGAAUCUGUCGACCAAAAUCCUGUGUGUUGUAUAUCACGUUGCAGCAUCACAAAACAUUGAGAUUCCACCUACACUUUGAUAAGACCUCCAGGACAUCAUGCUAUUCUGAAGGGGCCCAUGGACUGUUGCGUUUUUGGUAAUGUGGCCAUUGCAGCUCGUAAUGCUCAACGAGUACAUGAACUUAUAAUUGAGUUUGAUGUUCUCCAUGGGAAUGGAACAAAUGAUGCAUUGCCUUCUAUGAUGAUCCAGAUAUAUUUUUCUUAUCAAAUCCCAAGAUGGAGGCUACCCUGGUAUGGUAAAAUUGAGGAGGUGGGUCAUGGAGAUGGUGAAGGAACUAUGCUAAACCUGCCUUUACCUGGAGGUUCAGGGGACAUUGCUAUAAGAGCCGUGCUUGAUGAAGUCAUUGUACCAUGUGCACAAAGGUUCAAGCCAGAUAUAAUCCUUGUUUCUGCAGGGUAUGAUGCUCAUGGACUGGAUCCACUCGCCAGUCUAGAAUUUACAACAGGAACACACUACAUGCUUGCCUCUACCAUGAAACGACUAGCUAAUGAAUUGUGUGGGGGUCGCUGCGUGUUCUUCUUGGAGGGAGGAUACAACCUUGAUUCUCUGUCAUAUUCCGUGGCCAACUCUUUCCAUGGUUUUCUUGGGGAGCCAAGCUUGGCCUCCAAAUUUGAUGAUCCAUCUAUCUUGUAUGAAGAACCAUCCGCUAAGGUGAAGCAAGCUAUUCAAAAAGCAAAACACAUACAUUCCCUGUGAAGAUUUAUGCACGUACAUGAUACUUCCACAAAGUUUAUACUCGAAGAUGAAAGUACUAAAGUUGUCU